AAAACAUCGCUGGUAUCGAAAAUCCAUCCACCUUACGGCUUACGUGUCAAAUUCGGCAAGAUCGAACUACUUCUCCUAGUUGCGCAGCUUAUGAGUUAUAAAAUAUUAAUCGAGUGUAAAGAAGGUCGAAUCUUUCCGUACACGUUGCCGCAAGGUUUCCCGUUUACAAGAACGCUAAAGGUCGUCAAUUAUUCUACGAUCCUUCGCACCCUCACCCUCGAGUAAUCGCGCAUUACUCGAUGCACAAGCGUUAACUACGAAUCGUAUUAUGCAAAUUACGACGCACGUCUAUCGCUGAAUUUCGAAGGCGACGAUUUAUCGUUCCAGUAGAAACGGUCAAUCAUUACCGAUACUAGCCCUGGCAUAGGUAAACUUGACUCUCUUAGCAUUAACCCUGCGCUUGAAUUCUGAUAGACGACUAUAAACACGUUUAACGAGUUAUUUUUAACAACAAAUCGAUAGAAAUAUUACGUGUAAACGGAAGGCGGAAUCGCGAUGAACAAAACAAUAAACAUGAAUUUGUUUAAAUCACUCGCGAAAAAGCAAUGCGAAUUCUGUUUUCUGAAAGAAGGAUCAACCACCCCUAUCUUGAAAAAGAAGCACCGAUAAUCGUCGAAUCGAGAGGAAGGCGAAAGGGACAACGGGAGGAAACGAAAAGGGAAACUAGCUGUUGAAAGGAGGAAAAGCUGAUGGGGUGUGCGCAUUUCGCGCAUGCUGGUCCGAUUAAAGGGAGAAGGGUGGUCACGUACACAGAGAAUGUACAUGUGGAAGGUAGAGAAAGAAAAACGGAGGCAUGCGAGUGGUUAAACAAGAGAUAGGCAACCUCGUCAUAGUGAACCGUGUAACGCGAAUAACACAUUGCCCUGCCUCGUUUUCCUACCCAGUGGAACAGACCAUCGCGACCACCGCCCUUCUCUCCUCUUUAUUCUCAGUUCAGAGACACACCGAGGGUGGUUAUCACGCUCGAUUUACGUAUCGAGUUUGUUAAUUGGUUCGAGAUGACGAACGCAAACGAAAACGCGACACCAGAUAAAAACACCUGUGGGAGUAUUCUGAUUGCGCUAUCCUGGGUGAUCGUGAUCCUGACGAUGCCGUUUUCCUUGUUCAUUUGCUUCAAGGUGGUGCAGGAAUACGAAAGGGCUGUGAUAUUUCGACUGGGACGACUUAUUUCCGGGGGCGCUAAAGGACCAGGGAUCUUUUUCAUAUUGCCUUGCGUGGACAAUUAUGCUCGCGUCGAUUUGCGAACACGAACGUACGACGUGCCGCCGCAAGAGGUAUUGACGAAAGAUAGCGUAACAGUGUCCGUCGACGCGGUGGUUUACUAUCGUGUGAACAACGCGACGAUCUCGAUCGCUAACGUGGAGAACGUUCACCAUAGCACCAGGCUGUUGGCACAGACUACGCUUCGAAACACCAUGGGUACCAGACCGCUUCACGAGAUACUCAGCGAGCGUGAAACGAUCUCCGGUAACAUGCAGGUCUCCCUGGACGAAGCCACCGACACAUGGGGAAUAAAAGUGGAGCGAGUGGAAAUCAAGGACGUGCGACUACCGGUUCAACUACAGAGAGCCAUGGCUGCGGAGGCUGAAGCCGCUCGCGAGGCUCGCGCUAAGGUAAUAGCAGCGGAGGGUGAACAGAAAGCUAGCCGUGCAUUGAGAGAAGCCUCGGAGGUGAUCGGCGACUCCCCUGCCGCGUUACAACUUCGUUACCUACAGACUCUCAAUACCAUUUCUGCGGAGAAAAAUUCUACGAUCGUGUUCCCGCUGCCUAUCGAUUUACUGACGUACUUCAUCCAAGCGCGAAACGCGAAAGAAUCUUAAUCGCGAGAGAUUUUGAAUUGAGAUUUAGAAACACAUUUGAAUCAUUCGACGCCCUGAUAAAGAAAACUAAACCAUCACUUUAGAUAGAGAAAAUUUCGAAUCAAGUAUCAUUAGAAUAUCUUGAUACAAUGGUGUCGCCAGUAUUUGAUCAGAUUCUCUUUUUAGCACGAUACAAUUAUUCGUUGGUUUAGUUUUUUUCAUUCAAUACAGUAAUGUCGAAGUAGAAUUAGUAUCAUUAAAUCGAAGAGAAAAUAUCACAACAAAUCACCUUUCUUUCUAAUCGAUCGCCGUUGAUACAAUUUUCGUAACAAUUUCAUCGAUGAUAAGACAUUUCGCACCGUUAUCGCACACUAACUGGCUGACCAAUUUUAUACGACGCACUAUAUUAUAUACUAUUAUGUAUAUAUAUAUACUUUUUAAACUUUCACUCGUAUUUUUAUAAACUUGUUUGUUUAUUUUAAUUGUACCAUUUAUUACGGUACGCGAAUUGCAGCGUGCGAGGACAAUUUGUAAUAAUAAUGUAACGAUGAUAAUAGUUAUACUAAUAACGACGAUAAUAUUAGCACCGGUGACGAGUAUAAUUUACUCUGAUAAACGGAAACAAGUUACGUAUUGGCUAUUUGAUUAUACUGAAUGUUGGUGUUACAUUAAAUAUUAAAAUUAUGUAAAUUGUACGUACGACACGGAUUUGAAGUGAAUUGUGAAAAGUUUUUAAGUAUUAGUUGUAUAUAUAAAAUCAGUGUUGUAAGUUAAUGCACGGUGGUUCAUUGAUGAAAUUGAAAAGAAGAGAAAGAAACGUACGUACAAUGCAAGCUCAAUUUUAGCCUAUGUAUUUAUUAUAUGGCGAUAAAGAUUCGUUUCGUCGCCUACAAUCGUUAAAACGAUCGACAGAAAGAUUUUCAACGGCCUGAAAGCUAGAUUCGGUCUAACAUCUGCAAUUAACCAUCUCAUCGUUGGAAACAAAGUAUCGAGACUAAACGAACGUAAGACGAAAGGGAUUUCGUUCAUUGAAAAAAAGCGGAUAGGAUUUGGAACUGUGAAUUGAAUAUUUACGAGCCAGAUUCCGAUUACAGAACGGGUCCCACUUAUACUAUUAUAUUCGUUUUCAGUUUUGCCUUACAAAUUACAAUGACGAAAAACGACUGACCAACAGAAUUUCUACUUAUUAAAAGUAAACCUACCUCUGUGUUAAAUAACAUACAGGAUUAUCUUAGUGUUUGUGAUUUCGUGUUACCUAAUUCUAGCAUAUUUCAUGUGUUGUCCUGAAUCGUUAAAUCCACAGAUGCUGGUGAGUUAAUAAAGUAUGGAUGUAUUUGCAAA